AUGGCGAAAGAACACCGUACAUUCAAAGAGGAGUGCUCUUAUAUUGAGCGCUUAAAUGGAAACUCGUUUCUUAUCAAGAAAGGCUUUGUCUCAAACAUGAAGGUUGAAGGUAUCAUCUACAAAAAUGAGUUGCUUGAAAAGCCAAUGUUUGAUGAGCUGAAGCACUGGGCUGGAACUCAAGAGAUCAGUUGGACAACCAGAUGUUCAUUCUGGCUAUGGGUUUGCUAUUGUUCAACCAAAUGUGGAUAUUUCUGGAGCAAGCAAUCUCAUCACAGAAGAAAGAUAACAAAGGAGGAGGAAGGGUGGUACACUUGUAAGGCAAAGAAUGCAGCUGGCUUUUCCACCAAAGACAUUGAAAUUUCUGUAAAGGUUCCACCCCGUGUUAGUAAUGAGUCUAGAAAUCUCACCAUUGCAUUGAACUCCACAUUUACAAAAGAGUGUUAUUUGAGAGGUGAUCCACAAAUCACGUCUGUCAACUGGACCAAGGAUGGAGUGCUCCUUAGUAAAAACAACACCUUGGUUAUUAGACAAGUGAUGUUUAAAGAUAAGGGCAAUUAUGAAUGUACUGCUAAAAAUGAUUAUUGCAAAGCAAACUCUUCCUUCUGGAUUGAUGUCACAGUCUCUCCCCAGACUAUAGAGCCUCCAAUAAACCAGUCUGUUACCGAGGGAAACUCUGUGAGCUUUAGUUACCGAGCUUCAGGUGUGCCAACACCAGCAUAA